CCCAGCGUUGGGCAAUCGUGGUUUCCUCCGGAGGGGAGGAACUCAAACUCGCCUACCCUGUCCCUGGGCUUCUGGGCCUCAGCUGCUCUGGCAUGGAGAGUGUGGUACAGCCUUCAGUGUUUGUGGUGGAUGGACAAACGGACAUCCCGUUCAGGCGUCUGGGACAGAACCACAGGAGACAGCGCUGCGGCAUUGCCCAAGUCAACCUGGCCCUGAUACUGCUGAUGGGCGCCGGGCUGGCUACUCAGGGCUGGUUCCUACUGAGACUGCAUCAGCAACUUGGGGAUACAGUGACUCGCUUACCGGACGGAGACACAGGCUCCUGGGAGAAGCUGACCGAAGGACUCUCUUCCCCAGAGCGGCGGCGAUCUCAACAGGCCCACCCAGCAGCACACCUCACAGGGGCCAACGCCAGUUUGAUAGGCAAGGGUGGACCUCUGCUAUGGGAGACUCGCCUUGGCCUGGCCUUCUUGAGGGGCCUGAGAUAUCACAACGGGGCCCUGGUGACCACGGAAGCCGGCUACUACUAUGUGUACUCGAAAGUACAGUUGAGCGGCGUGGGCUGCCCCCAGGGCCUGGCCAAAGUCCCUAUCACACACGGGCUGUAUAAACGUACAUCCCGCUACCCCAAGGAGCUAGAACUGCUGGUCAGUCGGCGGUCACCCUGUGGCCGGACCAACACCUCCCGAGUCUGGUGGGACAGCAGCUUCCUGGGCGGCGUGGUGCACCUGGAAGCGGGGGAGGAGGUUGUGGUUCGUGUACCUGGGGACCGCCUGGUCAGACCACGGGAUGGCACCAGGUCCUAUUUCGGAGCAUUCAUGAUCUGAAGGCCGUGGGUGACGACGGACUGAUGGCAAGGGGGCGCCUCUCCAAGACAGACCUCAAACCCAGCAAGCAGGGAUCUUGGAGGUUCCCCUUAAGGAUCCCCAAAUUCUGCAAGUGGAGCUCAGGGACCAUGUAGAAUGCUGACCUGCCUUGGUAAAUCUUCAAAUUGAAGACUUGGGGUGUGGACCCCAGGAAUGUAGGGUCAGCCCAUUUGCCUGAUAUUCAGGAAGAAAGAAUAAAGCUGGGGUAUUUAUGUGUCUGAUGACUACUGUGGACUUGGAGUUUCUGGGCUUAUAGGCUGGAGACAAGAAACCUCCUCAGGGUGUCAGGAGAGUUAUAUCACCGGGACCCUGGCCACUCCCACAGAUCAUCUGCAUUUGGUUUCCAGCCACCAGGGCAGCAUUGGCUAGCUGGCUGUGACUGGCCUGAGGCCAGCUCCUGAGCACAUGAAUCCUUCAGGGAUACUCUGAUGGGACCUCGGCACUCAGCCCAAUGUGUGGCUACGACAGACUCUCCAGAAAUGGUGGGGAAAGGAAGGGAGGGAGGGAGGGAGUGCCAAGGAGAAGGAAAAACAAAAGGUAGAAAGAGAGGAGAGAGGUGACCCCCUCCAGAGCACUUUAUUGAACGCACUUAGAACAGUGUGUGUCAGACCUGCAGGAUGCCUGGAGCUGAUGGGAGUGGGAGAUGGCUCAGAGGAUAGAGAGCUUGCGGCUCUGUCAUGAGGAUCCAAGUUCAAAUCCCCAGAACCAGUACAGAGACAGAUGUGGUGGUGGGCACCUGCAACCCCAUCAGUGGGGAAAGGAGGAUGAGCUUGUUGGCCAAGCAGUCUAGCUGAAUCAGUGAGCUCCAGGUUCAGUGAGAGACCUCCUCAAAGAAAGCAGACAUCUGAGGCUGUCCUCUGGACCCCACAUGCAGGACACACACAGAAUAAAUAAAAUAAAAUAAAAUAAAAAAGAU